CUCUGCCUUCUCUCUAGGGUUGGCGACGACGCCUUGCGGCGGUGAAGCCGCGAUGUCUUCGCCGUCGACCGCCUCACACUACUCAAUCCUUAGGCUCUCUCACCUCCAUGGCUUCCCCCUUUUUCUCAGAUGCUCUAGUCUCUGGUGAAACGCAAUCAAGAUAUAAAGGUCUGCCUUGCAUUUCAUUCAAUGAUGGGGAAAUCCAGAAGCUUUGCACCAAAUUCAGUAGGACCAUUGUUGGCUCCUUCACCUCUGGAUGGCCUUCAAUGUCCUCUGUCAGAUCUUCCUUUGAGAAGAUUGGUUUCUCCUCCACUCCGAAGAUCAAUGAAGACCCCCAUGUUGAAGAUGCAGAACAGACUUCAAAUGCAAAAGAACAUGAGCCAAUUCAAAGAAAAGAAGACCGAACUGGAUGUGUCUCUAAACCUUUGACGAGAAAUUCCAAUCUCAAACGCGAGGAGGGAGUUCUUUCUUACGUUAAGGAUCCCUCCACCGGACAACUUCAAGCCAUGGUCACCACCAAGGGUUUCCACGGGCCGUGCAUGAUACUAGGUCGUCCAAGCGAACCCCGAGAAGAUGGAAUGAUAUCAAGAAUUGCACUGCCCAUAAAGUAUCCUCCAGACUAUAAAUGGGCAACUGAAACUGCGCACAAUGGAAUUGUAGUCUGGAUUUAAGUUUGAUCUUUACUUUAUUUUAUUUUGUUUCACUCUUUGUUACCACUUUCGGGUAGCUUUUGUACUUGUACUUUCAUUGGCUUCCAAUUAAUAAAAAAUCCUCCU